AUGCGCUCCGCGGCCCGGGCGCCGCGCACCCUGCGGCCGCGAGGUCUUCCGUCCGGCCCUCUCCUGGCGCUCGCCCUCCUGUGCCUCGCCGAGCCCGCCGCGUGCCGAUCCCCGCCUGCCUCCGAUCGGGCUGCCCGAUCCCUGCUGCAGAGCGCAGCUGACGACGCCGAAGGCUUUCUGUCGGGAUCCCUGCCGCUGGAGAUCGUCGCCACGACGCCGUCGGACCUCGGAGCGGCGCCGAGGCGGGCCGUGGACGGGAGCCAGGCACUGACGGUGGGAGGCGGGAGGUGGCGGGCUCACUGGGUGGGACGGAGCUGCUUGAUGGCUGGCGGCCCGCGAGGCUGA